AGAUCCUGAACCCGUCGGUGCCCAUGGCGCUCAGGCUCUCCGGGAUCCUCAUGGGCGGCGUGGUGAUCGUGUACGAGAGGAAGGUGAAGCUUCUCUACGAUGAUGUGUCCCGUCUUCUGAUUGAGAUCAACGAGGCAUGGAAGAUCAGGCCGGCCGUGGACCACACCGUCCUCCCCAAGGGCAAGGCUCAAGCCAAGUAUGAAGCAGUAACACUGCCAGAGAACGCGGUGGAUAUGGAGGUGGAGCAGCCCGUGUUUUUCACAGAUACUGAUACUACUAGGUUCCGCGGAAUGGUAAUCGUUGUCAUCUGUGUAUUCUGGAAGUUGAAACUGUGUUAG